CGUCCGCAGCCGGCCUUCUCGGCCUGCGGGCCUACCCCUUUAAGCGAAUGAUGGACAGUUACUUCAGCCUAUCAAGUUUCUCAUCAACUUCCAAUCAGAUUUAAACUUCUUUCAGCCGCCACCGGAGUUGGAAGAGAGGUAAGAGAAAGUGAGACAAGGAGCGCUCUCUCUCGCGAGAUCGCCAAGAGCCGGCCUUUCGGAAAAAAAAAAAACCACGCCACAGCGGCUGGUCUGGCUUCCCAAAUAACGGGAUAAAGGACGGGGUCACCAGCCAAUGAGAGGCGCGAGGAGGCGGGACCGCCGUUUUCACUGCGCAGAAGUACCGUUACAGAGCAGACUCUGUGCCCAAUCAAAGCCUUCAGAGUUUUGGUCAAGUGACCUGAGUGCGAGGGGCGGAGCUACGGCCUGGCGCGAGGAACCGUUAAGAUAGACAACGAAGGUAACCAAUGAGGAACUCGGACUAAUGCGUCGGGAGCCCUGUAACAGUGGUUGGGCGGGCGCCUUCCCGGAGCGCGGGGAGAUGUAAAGAUAGACAAAUUAUUUUCCCAAUGAGACUGUAGGAGAGAAAGAUAAUUGACCAAUGAGGAUUUCGGGGCGGGAUCCUUCGCCGCGGCGGAGUCCAAGAUGGCGGCGUGCGGUUCCGCUGUGUGAAACGAGCGCGGGGCGGCGGGUUAAUCUGCUCCGCGGAGACGACCUCCGAGGACCCGCAGCCAUGAAGGGAAAAGAACGCUCUCCAGUCAAGGCCAAACGCUCCCGUGGUGGUGAGGACUCGACUUCUCGCGGCGGGGAGCGGAGCAAGAAGUUGGGGGGCUCUGGUGGCAGCAAUGGUAGCAGCAGCGGAAAGACCGACAGCGGCGGCGGGUCGCGGCGGAGCCUUCACCUGGACAAGUCGAGCAGCCGAGGUGGUAGCCGCGAGUAUGACACCGGUGGGGGCAGCUCCAGUAGCCGCAUGCAUAGUUACAGCUCCCCGAGCACCAAAAAUUCUUCAGGCGGGGGCGAGUCGCGCAGCAGCUCCCGGGGUGGAGGCGGGGAGUCACGUUCCUCAGGGGCCGCCUCUUCGGCUCCUGACGGUGGGGAAUACAAGACCCUCAAGAUCAGCGAAUUGGGGUCCCAGCUGAGCGACGAAGCGGUGGAGGACGGUCUGUUUCACGAGUUCAAACGCUUCGGUGAUGUAAGUGUCAAAAUCAGCCAUCUCUCGGGUUCCGGCGGCGGGGAUGAGCGGGUAGCCUUUGUGAACUUCCGGCGGUCAGAGGACGCGCGGGCGGCCAAGCAUGCUAGAGGCCGUCUGGUACUCUAUGACCGGCCCCUGAAGAUAGAAGCCGUGUACGUGAGCCGGCGUCGCAGUCGCUCGCCUUUAGACAAAGAUGCGUACCCUCCGUCGGCCAGCGUGGUUGGGGCCUCGGUCGGUGGUCACCGGCACCCUCCCGGGGGAGGUGGUGGCCAGAGAGCGCUUUCUCCUGGUGGCGCCGCCUUGGGAUACAGAGACUACCGGUUGCAGCAGUUGGCGCUGGGCCGCCUGCCCCCUCCGCCUCCGCCACCGCUGCCCAGAGAGCUGGAGAGAGAACGAGACUACCCGUUCUAUGAGAGAGUGCGUCCAGCAUACAGUCUUGAGCCAAGGGUGGGGGCUGGAGCAGGUGCUGCCCCUUUCAGAGAUGUGGACGAGAUUUCCCCCGAGGAUGAUCAGCGGGCCAACCGGACGCUUUUCUUGGGCAACCUAGACAUCACUGUGACAGAGAGUGACUUGAGAAGGGCUUUUGAUCGCUUUGGCGUUAUCACUGAAGUCGACAUCAAGAGGCCUUCUCGUGGCCAGACCAGUACUUACGGUUUUCUCAAAUUUGAGAACCUGGACAUGUCCCACCGGGCCAAACUAGCAAUGUCCGGCAAAAUUAUUAUUCGGAAUCCUAUCAAAAUUGGUUACGGUAAAGCGACACCCACCACUCGCCUCUGGGUAGGUGGCCUGGGACCUUGGGUGCCACUUGCUGCUCUGGCACGAGAGUUUGAUCGGUUUGGCACCAUACGCACCAUAGACUACCGAAAAGGUGAUAGUUGGGCUUAUAUUCAGUAUGAAAGUCUGGACGCAGCUCAUGCUGCCUGGACCCAUAUGCGGGGCUUCCCGCUUGGUGGCCCAGAUCGUCGCCUUAGAGUAGACUUUGCAGACACAGAACAUCGUUACCAGCAGCAGUAUCUGCAGCCUCUGCCUUUGACCCACUACGAACUGGUGACAGAUGCUUUUGGACAUCGGGCGCCUGACCCUUUGCGAGGUGCCCGCGAUAGGACACCACCCUUACUGUACAGAGAUCGGGAUAGGGACCUUUAUUCCGAUUCUGAGUGGGUGCCACCCCCACCUCCGGUCCGGGAGCGCAGCACGCGGACUGCAGCUACUGCCGGGACUGCUUACGAGCCACUGGAUAGCCUGGAUCGCAGGCGGGAUGGCUGGUCCUUGGACCGGGACAGAGGUGAUCGGGAGCUGCCCAGCAGCAGAGACCAGCCCCGGAAGCGGAGACUGCCGGAUGACAGCGGAGGACGCCAUCUGGAUAGGUCGCCUGAGAGCGAGCGGCCACGGAAACAUCACUGUGCUCCUUCUCCUGACCGCAGUCCAGAGCUGAGCAGCAGUCGGGAUCGUUACAACAGUGAUAACGAUAGAUCCUCCCGUCUCCUGCUCCUGGAAAGGUCUUCUCCAGUCAGAGACAGACGAGGCAGUUUGGAGAAGAGCCAGGGUGACAAGCGGGACCGUAAAAACUCUGCAUCAGCUGAGCGGGAUAGGAAGCACCGGACAGCUGCUCCCACUGAGGGGAAGAGCCCUCUGAAAAAGGAAGACCGGUCCGAUGGAAGUGCGCCCAGCUCCAGCACUGCUUCAUCAAAGCUCAAGUCCCCUGCCCAGAAACAGGAUGGGGGCACAGCCCCUUCAGCAGCAGCAGCAGCUUCUCCAAAACUCUGCUUGGCCUGGCAAGGAAUGCUUCUGUUGAAGAACAGCAACUUUCCUUCCAAUAUGCAUCUGUUGCAGGGCGACCUCCAAGUGGCCAGCAGUCUUCUUGUGGAGGGCUCCACUGGAGGCAAAGUGGCUCAGCUGAAGAUCACUCAACGUCUCCGUUUGGACCAGCCCAAGUUGGAUGAAGUAACUCGACGCAUCAAAGUGGCAGGGCCUAAUGGUUAUGCCAUUCUACUGGCUGUGCCUGGAAGUUCUGAGAGCCAGAGCCGGUCCUCCUCCUCUUCGGCCACGACAGACACUGCCAGCUCCACUCAGAGGCCACUUAGGAACCUCGUGUCCUAUUUAAAGCAAAAGCAGGCAGCUGGGGUGAUCAGCCUCCCUGUGGGGGGCAACAAAGACAAGGAAAACACCGGGGUCCUACAUGCCUUCCCACCUUGUGAGUUCUCCCAGCAGUUCCUGGAUUCUCCUGCCAAGGCACUGGCCAAAUCUGAAGAAGAUUACCUGGUCAUGAUCAUUGUCCGUGUGUUUGAGUGUAAGAUAGGAGUUAAGUUUGAGGAGAAGCAAAGUGGAGCUGACCCUGUUAACAGUGAUGUCCCCUAAAGAGAGCAAAUGAUUUCAGGUAACCACAGUGAAAUGUUAUGUUUAAUGAAGAGUUCCAUAUGUAUGAUUUAAAACCGUUGAAAAGCGAGAGUCUUGAAGUGUUCUUUGACUGUUUCACAAUUGUUUUGGAUGUUUCUUUGAAGUAACAGCUGCUGUCUUUGCUAGUAUGGAUGGAGGUGGAUUCUUAAAUGGCUGUGCCCCUUUCUAUAAUGGAGUAGUCUGCGUUGCUCCAUAUUAUUUACAGAAUGAAAAUAGAGAGGGUGAAAGUUUCAUGAAACUCCACCACUUUGUACUUUCCUUUAAAAUUAUACUUAGAAUAUAUUGAUAGACUAUAAAAGGAUGGUAAACUUUUUUUCUGAGUUUUUGACAUAUUUUACUCAGUUACAUGAGUAAUUCUCAAUUGCAAUCUUAAAAAAAAAAAACUCACUGUAUUCUACUUGUUAUUUGUCUAUUCAUACAGUAAAUUCAUUUCAAGGGUUGUGCCAGUGGGUAUUAUUGGUGCUUUUUGAAGUUGAAUUGGGACUAUCCAGGAAGGUCUUGUUAAUGUAAUGUUCAUCUAUAAUGGCAUAGGGGAAAGAUAUAUAUUUUUAAUAUUGUAAAAACAUUUGUACUGAAUAACCUUUUUUUCCCCCCUGCAAGCAAAACUGGUGAACAGCGGAUGAAGAAAUGGAAUUCAAAGCUCUAAUGGACCUUUUUGAAGAGAAGUUGUGGCUUAUGUGGAGUUUACAUGGGCUUCUGAUGGAAGAAAUCUAAUCUGUUUAGUAUUUGUGCAUUUUACUAAAAUGGCAGCUUAAAGUUGUGUAUCUGCUAUUGUGAUGCCAAUGCCGGUGUUUUAAGUGGAAAAAAAAAUGACCUCUUUGCUUUGUGCUGUGUACACAAGAUUUCUGGAAAAGUAAAGAAAAACCCUUUUUAUGGCUCACACAGCUUAAAAGUAGCUGUCACUCAAAACGUGCGCUCACAGUUGAGCUACUUUUGUUUUAUUCUAAAUAAAUUGUUUCUUUUGAGGAAAAUGUUUUUCUGCCUGGAAGUGAAUUGACAACAACCUUUGACCCCUUUGUUUGCAGCCAAGGGCGUACUUGUUGCUGCUCAGAGCUUGUAUGUCUUGAGCAAGAAGCAGGGAGAUCAUCAAUUUCAUUUUGACUAUCACGGUGUCUCGAUUCUGAAGGAUCACUAGUGUUACUGUGAUUCCCUUUGUGUGCAGUGAAGGGGAUCCUUUGCUUCUCGGUCCUCAACGUGAUGAGGAAAUGGUGCUGUUUGCUGGCACGCAAGAAGCCGGGGCAAGCACCCUAAACCUCACCACAGUGCACGAGUCGGGGGCUUUGCUGGUUUGAAGAGCCGGAGUUGCUGAAAUUUAAGUUUUGAUUUAUUUUGUUCACCCAUCACCUUUGACCUUAGUUUCAUUUUUAAUUUGAAGAGAAGUUUGAAAUUGUUUUAUCUUGCGCUUAACAUUUGCACCAAAUUGCCAAAAGAAGGAGAAAUACUCCGUUUGCUUUUUAAGUGUUAAUGAUGUUAAUAAAGCCUUUGCUGAC